AUGAACGCUACAAGAUUUAAUAAGCUCAAAUUGGAAACAAGUUACCAAGCCGAAUUCAAAAGCCGAUGCCUGAAAAGUCGUACUAAGAAGAUUCAAACCCAACCGAAGAAGUCACUUUUAAAAAUUUCAAUGGAAGUUGUAGAGGAAACAACACAGUUGCAGAUAAUCCCCAAACUUCGCAUGUACGGAGUUGAAGAAGAGAUCGCUUCUAUAUUUUCUGAAAUUGGAGGUGAACCGUUUAACUUUAUUUCGCUCGGGUCUGUAGAAGUUCGCUCGAAAUUAAUUCACGAAGAAUUCUCGUUUGAGCGAUUUGAACGUUCGAAUGCGCCUUCACUUCAUGAGUCCUAA